CUUACUCACACGUAUCGUUCAAAAUUUAAUUUUUAACAUUUCCGUGUCAUAAAUGACAUAUUUGUAUAUGUCAUUUAACGAUAAUAUGAAAUCCUGGUGGCUUUUAACUCAGGUUUUAUUCUCUAUCUCGCUGAGUACUGGACAUGGUGCUGCAAUUGGUAAAGAACUUUGUAACUGCCAACCUACAUUAAUUAGAACACCAAAAAUACUAAUUCAAAAACCCGCUCAGCAAGUCRUCUGUACUAAAAUACCUAGCGCUCAAGCAUACACACCAAUAAAAAAUGCUUGCACUUGUGUAAGCACACGGGUGAUGCCGGCCCCAGUGGCUAGAGUGGAAUGCAACUUGAUGGCCACAACACCACCGAUUCAAGUUGCGAGAGACAAUAGUGGGGGCGUGGAAGAGGCACCGCCACUGUUCGGUUUACCGGGCGGCGCGUUUUUCCCAGAAACUGAGUGUGAUAGAAAAUUCUCACACCUCACCGGAACUCCGGUGUCCCAAGACCCACCCGGCCCGAACGGUAUAGACGAACCGGCGUCGGAUCCGACGGGAAACGGGUGCUGCGACAACGGCCCACUCACUGCCGUCGUGGUGGAUCCGGUGUCGCUAAUGAUAGCGCAAGCUGAGGCCAAUCGGUGCCGGGGUGACGUGCACGAGGGCCGUCUGGCGUUCGGGCAGGUCGUCGUGCCGAGAGAUGCGUUACCGUUGCCACGGGCCGUGCCGGACGUCAACGAAGAGGGCCUCUACUCGUUGGACAAGGCCAUCGUCGAGCUGAAGACUUGUAAGUCGCGGUUUGCAGACGACUCGGCUGCGCUGGCAACGGAAGCUGAUGCCUUGCUGGCCCUCGAGGAUGACGCCUUGCGACCUGUGGAUUACGACGGACCGAUAGUGACGCUGCCUAGCUACGCGGACGUCGGCUACCAGGCCGAAACGCCAUCUUGCUCGCCAUUGGUAGUUGGCCCGCUCCCGCAGCCCAAUGGUCGCACUCCGUGUAAUACCGUUUACGAGAACACCGGCGAGACGUCGCCACUGAUGGACACCAAUGUAAGAUGCUCGUCGUCGGGAUGCCACUGCACUUGCAAUAAGUCGUCUCCGCAACUGAAGUGCUCUUGUGGAAAAUGCUCGUGCGCAAAAUGCUCACGUGGCUCGUACUAACCUGAUACACAGCUGGAUCGACGUAGCAUUUCUAAAUGAUACAAUUAAUAUUUUGUUAACACUUUAUAAUA